AUGCAUACAUUAGAAAAAUAUUUAAUAGCCGUACGACCAUGGUCGUUUAGUACGAGUAUGAUGCCUGUUUUAUUAGGUAAUGCUCUUGCUUAUCCAUCAUUACGUGCUAUAUCGAUUAUUGUUCUUCUUCUUACUUCUCUAUCGGCUUUAUGUGUUCAUGCUGCUGCUAAUUUAUUCAAUACAUAUUAUGAUUAUAUACAUGGUGUUGAUGCUCCAUUAAAUCAUAAUAAUAAUAAUAAUAAAGAGAAAAUCAAUGAUGUUGAUAGUAUUGAUGAUCGAACAUUAAUUGAAGGUUUACUUAAACCAAAUGAUGUUGUUCGACUUGGUUUAAUAUUAUAUACAAUUGGUACAAUUGCUUUUCUUUUUUUAACAAAUUUUUCAUCAGCUAAAGAACCUUAUUUGGCUAUAAUAUUUUUUGGAGCUUUACCACUUUCAUUUCUUUAUACAGGAGGCAUUGGCUUUAAAUAUAUUGCUCUUGGUGAUAUAAUUAUUUUAUUAACAUUUGGUCCUAUAACAGUUGUGUAUUCAUAUAUGGCACAAGCAGGUCAUUAUAGUAUUUAUCCAAUAUUUUAUGCAUUACCAUUAACAUUAAAUACUGAAGCUAUUCUACAUAGUAAUAAUACACGUGAUAUGAAACAUGAUAAAUCUGUUGGUAUAUUAACAUUAUCAAUAUUACUUGGCAAACAAUAUUCAUAUUAUCUUUAUUGUAUACUUAUUUAUUCACCUUAUAUAAUUAUAAUAUAUAUAAUGAUAAAUAUAUCAUGGUAUUGUUUUUUACCAUUAUUAACAAUAAUUUAUGCGUAUCGUUUAUGUGAAGAAUUUAAAUAUGAUCAGUUAAUAAAAUUACCAAAUCGAACAGCUCUAUUAAAUUUUUUAUUUGGUUUUCUUUAUAUACUUUCAAUAAUUAUAACAAAUAUAAUACAAAAAGAACAACAAUUUCUUUUUUAA